GCAAGAUGGGUCACCAGCAGCUCUACUGGAGUCACCCUCAGAAGUUCGGCCAGGGCUCUCGCUCUUGCUCUAACCGCCACGGUCUGAUUCGAAAAUACGGGCUGAACAUGUGCUGUCAGUGCUUCCGUCAAUACACGAAGGACAUAGGCUUCAUCAAGUUGGACUAAGCAACCUUGAAUGGAUUAUUCAAGACUGUCUAUCCAGUGAAACAGAUCAUGCUAGUCUUUGUACAUAAAGAA